AUGGUACCUUCCACGCCGAACCUGGCAGUUGGAAGAGCUUGCGUGAGCCUCACCCGCCCGGCGCCGGGCACGCGAGGGGCGGGGCUUUCGGCCUGGUUCGGAGUAGGCGGGGUCAGCUCCUCGCCGGUUGGAGGAGGUGGAGCCGCAGCUACUGCCCACGCGCCGCUAGUAACGGCCCCUGGAGCGGCGACCAUGACCCAGUCGGUGGUGGUGCAGGUGGGCCAGUGCGGGAACCAGAUCGGCUGCCGCUUCUGGGACCUGGCGCUGAGGGAACACGCCGCCGUCAACAAGAAAGGAAUUUAUGAUGAAGCAUUAAGCAGCUUCUUUAGAAAUGUGGAUACCAGAAAUGGUGGUGAUGGUGCUGAUAUUCACAAAGGAAAAAUCUUCUCUUUAAAAGCACGAGCUCUCUUGAUUGACAUGGAGGAGGGUGUAGUGAAUGAAAUUCUGCAGGGGCCAUUGAGAGAUGUCUUUGAUAGCAAGCAGCUCAUCACAGAUGUUUCUGGUUCAGGGAACAACUGGGCUGUAGGUCAUAAACUGUAUGGCUAUCGGUACCGGGAACACAUUGUGGAAAAGCUGAGGAGGACUGCAGAACACUGCGACUGUCUGCAGUGUUUUUUUGUAAUUCAUUCAAUGGGAGGUGGGACAGGAUCCGGUCUUGGUACUUUUGUACUAAACGUGCUUGAAGAUGAGUUCCCGGAAGUAUAUAGAUUUGUUACUUCAGUUUACCCUUCUGGGGAGGAUGAUGUCAUUACUUCUCCAUAUAAUAGUGUUCUGGCUAUGAAGGAACUUAAUGAGCAUGCGGACUGUGUGCUGCCAAUUGAAAAUGAAUCUUUAUUUUCUAUAGUUAGUAAAAUUCAUCAGAUGACCAAUUCUGGAAAGCUAGGAUCAACUGUGAAACAAAACAGCUUGUUAACCUCAAGUGCAGGCAGUAUCAAAACUGAACAGGAGAAGCCAUUUGAUGCUAUGAACAAUAUUGUGGCCAACUUGCUGCUGAACCUGACAAGCUCUGCCAGGUUUGAAGGUUCCCUUAAUAUGGAUCUUAAUGAAAUCAGCAUGAAUUUGGUUCCCUUUCCUCGACUUCAUUACCUGGUUUCCAGCUUGACUCCUCUGUAUACAUUGGCUGAUGUUAAUGUACCUUCUAGAAGGUUGGAUCAAAUGUUUUCAGAUGCUUUCAGCAAAGACCACCAGUUGAUUCAAGCAGACCCAAAGCAUAGCUUGUACCUUGCCUGUGCACUUCUGGUUCGAGGAAAUGUACAGGUUUCAGACCUUCGCAGAAACAUUGAAAGGUUGAAGCCUUCCCUUCAUUUUGUCUCAUGGAAUCAAGAAGGCUGGAAAACUGGCCUAUGUUCAGUACCUCCUGUGGGCCAUUCUCACUCACUGUUGACAUUAGCAAACAACACUUGUGUGAAACCGGCCUUUACAGAGCUCAAAGACCGAUUCAUGAAGCUCUACAAGAAAAAGGCUCACCUUCACCAUUACUUGCACGUUGAUGGGAUGGAGCAAAGCUGUUUCUCCGAAGCCAUAUCAUCCUUGUCAGAUCUAAUAGAGGAGUAUAACCAGCUAGAUGCCACUAAAAGUGUGCCUAGAACAUAUCCCUCAAGACUGAAGAUAGCUAUGUAACGGAGGAAGAAUUGUUAUUAUUUGCAGAACAACAGACUGCCUAAGCUAACUGGAUGGGUUGUGAAGCACCU